UUCCGUCAUGACAGAAUACUGUCCUAAAGGCAGUCUACAGGACAUUCUGGAAAAUGACUCCAUCAUGGACUGGAUGUGAUACUCACUUGCCUACGACAUCGUUAAAGGCAUGCAUUACAUACACAGUAGCGUCAUUCAUUCCCAUGGAAACCUGAAAUCAACCAACUGCGUUGUGGACAGUAGGUUUGUUUUGAAAGUUACCGAUUUUGGACUGAACCGAUUUCGAAUGGACGACGAAGAUAAAGAUCUGGAUUUCGAGUCACAUCAGUACUUCCAGCGCAAACUGUGGACGAGUCCUGAGCUACUUAGAAUGACAGAGGCUCCGACUGUCGGUACACAGAAAAGCGAUGUAUAUAGUUUUGGAAUUAUACUUCAAGAGAUUGUUCACAGAUGUGGUCCAUUCUACGUAUCACAUAUGGACCUAUCACCACAAGAAAUCGUACAGAAAGUCAGAGCUAGCAACAGACCUUAUUUCAGACCAAGUGUGGAUAAAUCCACGUGUCCGGAAGAACUUUAUCCAGUGAUGGAGAAAUGCUGGGCACAGGACCCGGCUGAGAGACCAGACUUUAGCUCAGUCAGAACAACGAUGAGAAAAUUAAACAAUCAAAGCGCUGGAAAUAUUCUGGAUAAUUUACUACGGCGCAUGGAACAAUAUGCAAAUAAUCUCGAGAGCUUAGUGGAGGAAAGAACCGAAGCCUUCUACGAAGAGAAGAGACGAGCGGAAGAGUUAUUGUAUCAAGUCUUGCCAAAACCUGUUGCUGAGAAAUUGAAGCGAGGGCAAGCAGUACAAGCCGAGGCAUUCGAUAGUGUCACAAUAUUCUUCAGCGAUAUCGUUGGAUUUACAGCUCUCUCUGCCUCGAGUACUCCCAUGGAGGUCAUCGCUUUACUUAAUGACCUUUACACGUGUUUCGAUGCAAUUAUUGAUAAUUUUAAUGUUUACAAGGUAGAAACCAUUGGAGAUGCUUACAUGGUAGUAUCAGGUCUACCCAUACGAAAUGGUGACUUCCACGCCAGAGAGAUCGGUAGAAUGGCGCUUGCGUUGCUGAAGGCUGUUGACACAUUCAAAAUAAGACACAAACCUGACGAGAAGUUAAAACUACGUAUCGGAAUACACUCUGGUAUGGUAUGCGCUGGUGUUGUUGGUCUUAAGAUGCCCCGCUACUGUCUGUUUGGAGACACGGUGAACACAGCUUCCAGGAUGGAGUCCAAUGGAUUACCUCUGAAAAUUCACCUCAGUAAGGAGACGUACCAAAUACUCGAACCUUUUGGGUCGUUCAAUCUUGUUUGCCGAGGAGAAAUAGAAAUGAAAGGCAAAGGCAAACAGUUAACGUAUUGGUUAGAAGGCGAAGACCCUCCCAAGAAAAUAAGCAAUGGCACAACGAAAUCUAACGGUUUUGUACCGACAUCUGUGAAGGCCGGGAAAAACUAUAUCUACGCGUAACCAAGAAACGUGAUGAGUUUCAAUAAUGCGUGUGCGUGAGCGGGGCAACGAAACAACAUGUUUCACGCUAUGGAGCAAUGAACAAUACACGUGAUAUUGGUGUGACGAGAAGACAUAGUACCUAGAUUGAUUUGUUUCUGCGCAUUUACAGUGAUUUGUCUGUCCUCAUUUUCUGGCGAUACGAAGUGCCGAGGCGUCAGUUAGCGGCAAUCGACCAAUCACGGAUUUUUGCUUGAUCAUUGGUUGUUUUGAGAGUGAGUCAAGACACGUCAGGCGUCAACCACGCCUAUAUUGCACAACUCGAGAGUUACUAUACGUGCCGUGGCGCUAGGUUUUUAGGACCAAAACAUUACCAUACCGGAUUAUUGAAAAGGAAUAAUCACAUUUAUUCGCCUGUUGUUAAUAUUUGCAUCCAUUUUCCUAACAAGUAUCAUAUGUUUUAACUGUUUUUGAACAAAGUGAUAAUGUUUUUUUUAAAUAAAAAUUGACGGUUUAGAUAGACACUCACGUGACAAUUUGUUUGUUACACAUACCAUGCCAAGCAUGUGACGCUCAUUUCAUAUUCAUUAUAUUGACAGUCACGUGGUGGUUUAUGCAAUAAUUAUCGGACAAUCACCAUUAUUUACAAAACAGAAUAAUAAUCAUUUCAAUGUGACAUUCCUGAACUGUAUUUAUUUUAUCGUAUUUUCCAAGGAAUAAAACGAAUAUUUAGUUCACA